UCUCAAACCCUUUCAAACCCUUUCAUCUUGUUAAACACAGGGAACAGAUUCGAGCUUAUCUUCGAUAAUUGGUAAACUAGUAUUUAGUGUGGUGACUGGUGGUGUUGUUGGGGGAAGGAAUAAAUCAUAAAGGAGAAAAAAAGUCGACUGCUCAAAAGUCAGCCUUUCGUCUUCUUCGCCAUAAUAAACCCAUUUGCAGACUUCUACACCCUGCAAAUCUUUCUCACACCCACACAAUUCUAGACGCAGAUCGCGAUCGAAAUCUGUAAACCAUGUCUGGUGGUAUUGCUCGUGGUCGUCUCACCGAGGAACGAAAAGCAUGGCGAAAGAAUCACCCCCAUGGUUUUGUGGCGAAGCCUGAGACUCUCCCUGAUGGUUCAGUGAAUUUGAUGAUUUGGCAGUGUACCAUCCCCGGUAAGACAGGGACUGAUUGGGAAGGUGGAUAUUACCCUCUUACCCUUCACUUCACUGAAGAUUAUCCAAGUAAACCACCAAAGUGUAAAUUUCCACAAGGCUUCUUUCAUCCCAAUGUUUACCCCUCUGGAACUGUUUGUUUGUCCAUCCUUAAUGAAGACAGUGGUUGGAGGCCAGCAAUAACAGUAAAACAAAUCCUAGUUGGAAUUCAGGAUCUGUUGGAUUCCCCUAACCCUGCUGACCCUGCACAGACAGAUGGAUAUCAUCUCUUUAUCCAGGAUACGGUGGAGUAUAAGAGAAGAGUCCGUCAGCAAGCUAAGCAAUAUCCCCCUCUCGUUUAGAUGGAUGCAAUGGUUAAUUUGAUGUAGACCAUGUUGAUGUUGAUGUUGAUGAUGAUGAUUUUCUAUGAUGUUGGAUUAAAAACUUAUAUUUUCAUAUCUGAAAAAAAAAAGAUUAAUCGGGUGGUGAAAAAAAGAUUAAAACUUAUAUUUGUGUGAAUGGGUUUUAAGGUUUUGCUAUUGUUAACAAUGUGAAAUGAUUUGGAUCUACUUUUGGGGUGAUUGUUUGUCUAAUAAUGCAAAUGCAAUUUCUCUA